AACGUUUAUAUUUUCGGAAAUUUUAUUGGAAGUAAUUUUUAUUUUACUUUAAGUUUGCUCAUAUCUGACGUACCAGAGACAUAGCAUCAAAACAAAAUGUUCAAAAGCAGAAAAGAUGUUCAGAUAGAUUUGAGUUCUCUAAUCAACUUGCAAGUUUAAAAGCAUUGGCAUUAGUUUGUCUCAUGCUGAACACACUUAGACAACCCACGUGCGCCCAAUAUUAUUUGCGCAUUUUGAUUUAGAAAAUUCAAUGAUAUGAUGAUAUGAUAUUGGAAAGUGUGAAUUUUGCACUCAUCUCAUGAUCUGCUAUUUCAUUGUCAAAUUGAAAUUUGAAUUGUGGAACAGUUUUUGCAGGGUAUAUAAGAUUUUCUAAGUUGUGCAUUGACCGACCGUACGUCCUUCCGUGGAGGCCGUGAGGGGUCAGCAUGUCUGCCAGCUUCUGUGACGAUUGUGGCGCGAUCCUGCCGCUGCCCUGUGGCUCAUCACUGGUCUCGUGCAAUGUCUGCAAACUGCAGGUCGACAUGGCAGACCAGCUCGGCAAGGAGGUGACGUACGUCAUCAAGUUCAACGACUUGGACGUCUACACCCGCGGCAAGGAGCAGUCGUCGGACGGCGCGGCGGCCGAGGCCAGUGGACCGGUCGCCGAGAAAACGUGUCCCCGCUGCGGCCAUCCAGAGAUGAGCUACGCCACGGCGCAGCUGCGCUCGGCCGACGAGGGCCAAACCAUCUUCUACACGUGCCCCAAAUGCGCGUACAAGUUCUCGGAAAACUCAUGACGGCCGCGCCUGGCGCUGGGUCUGUCCGCUGGCUGUACUGGUGGACUGGGGGCUCCCCACCUUACUUUGUCACUCGCGCUGCCCACCGGAUGGAGUGCGGAAUGUGGUGGCACACCACCCGCCGGGACUGGAGCGGUGCUGCUGAUUGCGGGAGUGCUACUGACGGCUACUGACGGUGACGUACGCGGUGGGGGAGGGAGAUGGUCUGGUUACGUGCUGCUGCGCAUGUUCAUGGUGACGUGGGCUGCCGCUAACAAACUAGCGACUAUGCUGUUUUUGAUACGGGCUCUAAUGAUGUGGUGUUUGUUUUGUUUUGAUAGGAGUCGUACGUGUCCAGAAUGUCAAUGAGUGUCCUGAUACAAUAGUUAUCCGUUCGUUGUGCGCUGCCUGAUGUGUGUAUACAGACAACUACAAGUGAUGUUAAAAACAUCUGCUCUUAAAAAAAUCCGUAGCUGCUUUAUUGUUUGAGAUACUUUGCCUGAUAUACUAUUUUAGUGUCAGCUAGCAAUUGGUGUAAAAACUUGUUCACAAGUUCAAUAUAUUUUUAGUUGUGUGGAAACUGCCAUCAUUUCAGUUCGCAAAUUUUGAAUUACUAUUCACACUCCAUAUUGUGUUUUCGCUGCCAUUUUACAAUGACUGCAACACGUCAGAAGAAUACACAUUUCCGUUGA